AUGAACGACUCGCUCCGUCCCGGCCUCCAGCCGAUAUCCCAUCUCAAGGCUGGGCCAACAACCUCCAGCUCUAGAUCCACCGCGUUGCCUUCCCCGACGACGGUUCAGCCUCCUUCGCGUCCAUCUUCCCGACUGCGUACCCAGAAAACCUCCGGCAAGGAUGAACCAGAUGCUGCCAGUGAUAAGGCAACCACGGCUCUCAUCCGACGUGUGUUGUGCCCCCAGACAGGAAGCUACGGGGCAUCUUCCCCGCAGCCUCCGGAAGAGCUGCUACCUCCCCUCACGAGCUCCAAUGACGUUGACCGUCAACUUUACGCCCUGCUCGCCAUCAUAAUCAAAGAAUUUGUGUACUCGUGGUACUCUAAAAUUACUCCCGACCAGGCUCUUGUGAAUGAGGUCCUACAGGUAAUUGCGCAUUGCACGCGCGCCCUCGAGCAGAGGCUACGUCAAAUCGAUGUUGCACAACUGGCCCUGGAUGAGAUCCCUGGCCUGGUGGAAGCGCAUGUACUCUCGUACAGACUGGCCAGGCAACAGUCGCAUCUCUCGGGUCUACCACCGUCACACCGUGCGCUCUACCAUGAGCUUAACCCACACCCUGGUCUGUCUCCAGUGCCCGAUCCAGCGGACCCCGAUACGAUUGCCGAGCAGGGCGAGAGCGAAGCGGUAUAUCGACGGCUCCUCGCCAAUGGUAUUCUGGCUGUCCUGCUUCCCACCGAGGAUCUUGAAAAUAACAGUCUCCGAACGCUGGUCGUCGAUGUCAUUGCUGAUCUGAUACUGGGAAACCAAGUCAGUGGCAGGACAUGCGAAGGGUGGUUCAUUUGGGAAACUAUAACCAAACUGGCCACUCGAGUGGGACAUCGUCAAAUUCAAGAUGACACAAAAUCAGACUCAGACUCUCAGGCAAACCGAUUGGAAAAGUUUGGCUUGCUUUCAACCGAUGAUGAGCUACGAAACCAGCCGCUGGUGCCCUUUUCAGCCACUGCCUGGAUUUGGAAUCUUUUGCAGAAAAUCUACCUUGGUUACGUCGCCUUACGUUUCAUCGCGAUGGGCUUGUUUCGUGUCGCAUCGAGUCCAGGCCCUUCUUCGCACGGUGUCGGUGUCUCACCUCCGCCUAUCUAUCAGAAAGGCGAUGGAUCGGAAUCAUCAGAAGGCGUAUCAAGUCGCCCGGUGCUCGAUUAUCGGGUGUUUUCCAUGAUCUCCCAAAUCCUGGGAAUCUCCUGGAGAAUGCCAUGGCUGAGUGGAUUUCUCGCUCUGCUUCAGUACCUUAUUCUGGCAGGCCCAGGCAGGGUUGGUGCCACGGACGGGAUCUUUGAUAGAUUCCUCCGGGAAACGAUUGAGGAGUACGUGCUGACCCCCACUUUGUUGCCCAACCUCCUCCUUGCGACAAGGACCGCCUUGUUCCCAGCCAAUACCCGUCCAACAUCGCAGACAGCGGUCGGACAUAAUGGAGCUCCGGCCUCGGCUCCGCAAUCCGUGCAGACCCCGACACCCAGUCAUCAAACCCUCCCGACCGCAGCCUCACCUGGCAUCCCCGUUGUGGAAAGAGUCAAGGGUGCCAGUACGAGCGAUGGCUUCGGUAAGACCAGUGAUACGGAGAACAAGAGCGACGGCAAUAACGAUAGGGGGCCCUUUAUCUCGCCAGCCACUACUAUCCCAGGCCCUGGUCCUCAAGGGUCACGUUCAUCCAACCCGGAUCCCCAAACAGCACCACCAAUAAACGAACCGGCCGAAAGGGAGAAAGCGAACAGACCAACUAAAACGGAGAUCGCCACUAUCAAGCGGCGAUGUGCAGCUAGCCUCCUGGCCUUGAUCCCGCGCUCCGUCGCACGAGCUUUCCUUGGUCUCCCCCCAUCGGCGCCUCCGGCACCCUCUGUUGGUGACGGUACCUGCAGCCCCAACAGUUCGCAUUCUCUCGCCACCUCCCCCUCUAGAAUCGGACACGAUGGAUCUUCACUGCAUAGCAGCGAGGGUAAUCUGGCGUCCUCGUCUCGUCCAGUCGCGAGUGGCCACCUUGCCGCUGGGCGGCUGCGCACAGACGACCUCCCGUCUGCGGGGGAGAUGGAUGCUGAGGAAGUGUAUCUCCUGCAAAUCAUCGAGAAUGACUUGCUGGACUUGUUUGCUGAUGAAUACUGCAAUAAACAUCUGGUCUAUGCUAUUGUCGAGACUGUGUUGGGCAGGUUGCUUCCCGAAAUGGCUGAGCGAUGCGUUGAGGAUUUACUCGAGGAUCGGGGGGUGGCGUCUGUGCCUGUGCCACUGGCCUUUUAG